GGUUGGUAGAGUCUGGUACUAUUGAGAUUUUUACUCUCACCUUACUUACUACAAUUACAUUUUCUUAGAUUCUAGUGUAUAGUGAAAUAUUGGCUGAUUCGUGAAAUACGUCAUCAUGGCAUCAGAGACGAUUAUUACUACCCCGAAGAUGAUUGUGCCGUACGAGUGGAUCCUGGAAAAUGUCGAAGAACAAACUACAACAAUUGCAUCAAAAAUGAUUUUGUUUCGAGGCGAAAAAGUUUUCCGUGUGGGUUUGAAGAAUCACGCACUGAAUCCCGUUUUGUUUCUCAUGGCAGUUGAUCUUGGUAAAAUCGGAAUGAAAGUGAAAUACGUAACGUACGGAAUUCAAGGUGGUGACAUUGGCCCAGCAACGAUGACGAGAAUGACAAAGGAGAAUAUCGGCGAUGAAGGAAAUCUUCAGUUAUUCAUCAUUAAACUUGCCGAAAAGGUCGUUGGACACUGCACGUUUUCGUUUCGAAUUUGCAUUGAAGGAACUGAUUCCGGCUAUUCCUAUCAACUGUGCGAUCGGCUUGCCAAGGAUCAAUUAUGGGCUGCUCUGAAAAGUCAAAAACAUCUAGCGGACGUGGUAUUUAUCGUGAAAGACAAGACAUUCCCUGUUCACAAAGCCAUUCUUGCUGCCCGCAGUCCCGUGUUUGCAGACGAAUUUAAGAAGAAACAACUAUCCGCUCCUCGAAUCCGAAUUGAUGACAUGGAACCUUCAACUGUGGAGAAUUUUCUUUACUUCAUUUACACAGGAGAACCGAUAGGAACGUUGGCAGAUGAAGAUUUGCAGGAAUUAGCUGAUAGGUACGGCCUGACAACUCUGACUGGUUUAUGCCGAUUUGCAUUGAAGAAAAUUGACGUCAUGCAAAUGGCGAAAGUCAGGAAACGUUUAAACAGCAUCAAUGCCAAAGAACUAUCUUCUUCCAAAAUCAUGCCGGAGAAAGAAACGGAAAUAUUUUUUGAUCGAACGACGCCUACCUUUCGAAGCAGUUUGAAGGUAACAAAAUUGGAAACCACACAACCAAAAUGUGUGAUGCAAUAUCAAAAUGAAGAUAUUUGUGUUGCUUACUACGUCGGAGAAGUAAAAACGGAUCGCAACUAUUUAUACAUUAGUAAACCGGAGAUUCAUUUAUCAUGCGCUAAGCAUCGAAGGUUCGGCUUGAAAGUUGAGGAUAUUUAUUGCAAACAUUACCAGAAAUGCAUCCAGUGGUUGAAAAUGGAACCAAAAAUUUUUCGGAAAAACGCAGAACUACUUCACUUCGCAGCACAAUUAGAUUGGAAUGUAUAUUUAGAUGAAGAGGUUCCACAACCAGUCUUGUUUGACGUCAAAGUCGUCAGCACGGUUGGCAAUUAUUACUACGAGAUGAUGGACGACAGAUGGUUGACGGAUUUAUGGGCCGCCGCAACAAAUCAGAAGUUCACGGAUGUCGACAUCUUUGUCGGAACUGUCAAGGUGAUGGAAGCCCACCUAGUAAUCCUAUGCGCUCGGAGUCCUGUCCUGAAUGAAUCUUUGAGCAAGAUCAGCAACACAGCAGAGAAAUCUAUCGUCACAUUUGGAGCGGAAUUCGAUGUUGAUACUGUGAAGAAUUUCUUAAAUUUCCUUUACACAGGCUCUUUAAAGACGUGUGUCAGAAGUAAGCAGCUUAGCAAAUUGGCCACAAUGUACGGAGUGGAGACUUUGAAAAAUGUGUGUCAACUACUCAAUGCCAAUUCGUUGGAUGUUGAAGAAUUGACCAACUGUCUGAUACAGCUCUAAUCGCCACGAUUCUUUUUAUUGAAUGUUCUACAAUUCUUGUGUUUCUUUGUUGUUUACAUACAGAAAUUCAUGCAAAAUAUUUGCAAAUGCAUUUUUGCCUUUCCCUUUUUUGUUUUUAGAUUUUUUAUUCUUUGGUUUCAGUUUUAAGCACAAAAAAAAUCAAUCAGUCGAUCCUGUUUUUUGCCUACUUCACCGGGAAUUCAACAAAAUGCGACAUUCUAAUUGGAUUUUGUGGAUAAUUUCUUUAAAUUUUUUUACACCGUUUAGAUCAGGAUGGACCGGGGAUGGACUCGCCAACUUGUUGACAGUAGAAUUUUACAUCGGUUUAUUUUCUAUUUGCCGGAUAAGGAAUGCACUUGGUGCUUUUAAUUACUGAAAUAGAUCUGGUUUGAUCACUUUAUCUAUCCAUGUAUGCUUACCCCCCUCCCUCUCUCAGCUUAUCGCUCCAUCCCAUCACCGUGUUUCUUUUACACGGGAAUUUCGUUGCCGCCAUUUAUGUCGCAGUAGUAUCACAGGUGUAAUUUGUCUCUGCAAUAUAAAAU